CUCAGGGAUACGGAGUUGUUUUGGUGGGAGGAAGGGAGGGCGAAGGGGCUGAGAAGUGAAUUCAUGGAGGAUUAAAACGGGUGAGUACUGUUUGGACCGGGAUCGAUGGAGAGAUCUUCACACCGGGCCUUCAGCACGCUGUUGCUCUGCGCCGUUGUCAUUUUCGUCCUCUUCGUUCUCUCUACCUUCGUAUCCGGCAUCCAAGGGUCAGCUUGCUCCCAUAGCUCUGUCCUUCCAAAACAAAGCACUGUCGAGGUGGUGUUCACCUCUCAAGCGUCAGAUUAUGCGAGAUCUACUCUGUCACACGGCGUGGUUCUCGUCAAAGAGGCGAAAUUUAUUUGUCGGAUAUGGCUUUUCUCAAUCAGUUCUAGAUUCAAGGACGUAUGUUAGCCCCGCUUCUACUUGGUUAUAUGUGGUAUGAUGGAAGGAUAUUCUACCACCAGAACAGAAGAAGUCCUAGUGG